AGAAUUUGCUCUCUUCUGUUUUUAGUCAAUAGCGAAUGCAGCUGCUGAUGACUGGACUGCCGAGAGGAACUGCUGGCGAGUAUCUAACUGAAGGAUAAACUAUUUCUUGUGCAUUUCUAUCCACUAAAAUGCCGGACUCAAUGGAGGAGGAUAUGGGGCUUUCGGUGAGAUUGACCAAUGACGAUUUUAGGCGUCUCUUAAUGACGCCGAGGGCUUCGGUGCCAUCGUCAACCCCAGCUUCCGUUCCUGGAACAAUGCGAGACACAGCAGCUAAGACAGCACAAACUCCCGUAAUAGCAGGAGGAAGUCGAGCAGAGUUAAGACGAAAGAAGAAAAGUUUUUAUGCCAAGCUUAAGAAACAGGAGGAGGACAAAAUGGCAGAAUUAGCUGAGAAGUACAGAGACAGAGCGAGGGAGAGGCGGGAUGGAACUAACGCUGAUUACCAGUCCGAAGAUCCGAUGAAUACAGCAAGCGCCUACCGAGCCGUAGCGCCAGACGUUAAGUCUGGUAUGGAUGCGGCAGAAAGAAGGAGACAGAUGAUACAACAGUCGAAAUUCUUGGGUGGAGACAUGGAGCACACUCAUUUGGUGAAAGGGUUGGAUUACGCCCUGCUGCAGAAGGUAAGGAGUGAGAUAGAGGCCAAAGAACAGGAACAGGAGAUUGAAAUGGAAAAGCUGGUGAAGCCAAAGAAAGAUAAAGAGAAGGACAAGAAAGAGGUGGAAAAAAAAGAAGAGGAAAUGCAAUUCAAGACCAAGAUAGGACGCAAUAUACACAAAACAUUGGCUAUUAUGCGAUCCAAACAUGUUGAACGCAACGAAUUGUAUUGCCCUGGUCGAAUGGCAUACGUCAUUGAGCUAGAUGACGAAAACGCAGAUGGCGACAUACCAACCACUCUGAUUAGGAGCAAAGCUGACGUUCCGACGAUCGACACAACGCCAACUUUGACGACCAACGAUAUUGUCAUAAAUAAACUAGCCCAGAUUUUGUCCUACUUGCGUCAAGGCAGUCGACAUAAUAAGAAAGGCAAAAAGAACCGGGAAGGCAAAUCACGUGUAGAAGAACUCAACGAAAUGGAUAUCGCACAGAGGCCUCAAGAUGACAGCAUUUAUGGAGAUAUCGGCGACUAUGUUCCUUCAUCAAGCAGGAAAGAUGCUCUUCAUUCAAAGGACAAGAAAAAGGGUUCAUAUUUCGACAAACCAGCUGAGACGUCGACAGACGAUGCAGCUAACGCUCCACAGCUGCCGCCAGUGAUAGCGCAAAGCAUUGAGAAUGCACCUAAGAAGGGUAUGCUGUUGAAUAAACUAGCUGCCGAACCUGAAGGCUACGCCGAGUGUUAUCCAGGACUUGACGAGAUGCAGGAUGCUAUUGAUGAUUCUGACGACGAAGUGGACUACACUAAAAUGGACCUGGGAAACAAGAAAGGGCCAAUUGGACGGUGGGAUUUUGAUACUCCAGAGGAAUAUAGCGAAUAUAUGAACAACAAGGAGGCUUUGCCCAAGGCCGCCUUCCAGUAUGGAGUGAAAAUGGCAGAUGGAAGAAGAACCAGGAAGUAUAAUAAAGAGAAGAAUGAGAAAGCAGAGUUGGACAGAGAGUGGCAGAAAAUACAGAAUAUCAUGAAUAAGAGAAAACCAACAGGAGGAUCGGAAGGAGUGCCAGAGUUCAAAGUCCCAAGAUAUUAAAUAGAUAAGAAAUCGAUUCAGGAUACGCAAGUUCAACCACUGGAGAAAGUUAUUUCCACCCAUAGGUCAGUUGAUUCAAUUUUUACAUUCUUGCUACUGCUCAUCAUGACAAAAGUAACUGAAAGCGAUUUUAUCAGGCUUAUUAGAAAACUGGAAGACCAAAAAAUGUUACUGAAUAUGAUUUAAAAUUUGGGACGAAGGUUCCAUAUCAAUAAGAUGAUAAAUCAUGACAGGAAUCAUGCGAAAAUAGAUUUCUUAGGAUUGAUUCUCUAGGGCUGAACUUUAUCCACGUUCUCAUCCACAAAUCGUUUCUCAUUUUUCUGAUUUUUACUGACUUGUUAAAUCUAAGAUAACUUUGCAGGAUGUGGCAAAACGAAUUUGCUCAUGAAAUGGCCGUACUUGCCUAUCCUGCAUUAUCUGAUGUGUGACUUCGGCAAUGAUAUCAGUGACAAUUAAUAUUAGACAGUGUUC